UUCCAUUUCUCUGCUGGCUCUGUAUGUGGUUCUGGGCGUGACGGCUGGAGGGGUUCUGGUUUGUUGGUGCUGUUGGGCUCCAGCUUGUUCACAGCUUCCACAAACACAGUGAAAUGUCACUGUUCAUCCUGAUAACGCUGCAAUUAUUUCUAGAGGUGAAGACACAAGGUUUGCCUCAAGCCAAGCUGACAGUAUUUCCAGCGUCCGUCACUGAUGGAGAGAUGCGUUUGGUCUGCGAGGGGUUUGAAAACAGGACAGUCUCUGAAUGUUUCUUCUACCCAUCGGGACAGGAGAAUUUUACAACUCCGAGUGUGUCGUGUGAACUCUCUCUCACCGGCUCUGAACUCAUCAUAUGGUCUGGAGAUGAGGAGAGUUCAUUUGUUAACACAGUAUGUUUUUAUUCUGUCAGUGAAUUAGGAAAAUAUAUCACAUCAGCUCAUUCUGAUGAAGUCUCAGUGAGGGUCAGAGAUCCGACGACCACAUCGUCUACGUCACCAACCACAGACAACAUAUCAACUGUUACAUUCUCCGCUGAAACCUCUCAAGAAGAUUUGCCUGCCAUGUCAACUUCCUUCACAAUGGACCUUUCAACAUUUUCAGAUAUGUUCAGUCCCAACACACCCAACAGUGACAUUUUAACAAAUGCAACAAACUCACUCCUGGAAUCUACAGCAACAUCUGCAGCUGCGUCUAGUGCUACAAAACCUACCACAUCAGAUCGCCAUGAAAUCAACAUGUUCUCAAAUUCAAAGAUGCUGUUCUUCAUUACGGUGGCUGGCACUGGUGUGGGUAUCGUUUUAGUUGUGCUCAUGGGUGUCUGUAUGUAUGGAUGUACAAGAAAGCAGAGGACAGUGAGAAUUUGGAUUGAAUCAACCAGUAAAGAAAAUGGCGUUUCCAUACCAAUGGCCAGAUCAGACGAUUAUGAAGAGGAAGAAGCAGAAUAUUACUCUUCAGUCAACUUUUUACCAACAACAUCUGAACCCGCAGGAGACACUGAAGAACAAUCAAAUCAAACCCAGGUUAAAUUGAAUCCUCUGUAUUGCUCAAUCCUCACCCAGCCAGCCAUCAAUGACAGCGGAGAUGUUUACAGUGAGCCAGAGUCUCACUAACACACACCCAUCCUGCCAACAAACAGUGUCAUUCAUGCCGAAAUUAAUCAAAUUGACAUCACUGCAGUUCUGUGGCUUUGAAAGGCACCUUCACACCAUUCUCAUAUCCUGACAUACACUGUGUCCUGUUUGUCUCAGUUAAAUAGACAUAAUGAUACUUCUCCUUUUCAUCUGUCUGCAUUUUCUGGAGGUUCAACUUCAAGAUGAGAGGCCAAACAUUACAGUUGUCCAUGACUCUCCUCUUGGUGAAUUCAGAAUUAAAUGUAAAAUACCAGGAUCUGAAAACACUGGUUGUGGUCUGUUCUUGGGAGACAAUGACCAACCGCUUUUAAAGACAGACUCACAUAAAAUGUCUGGAGAAAUACAGUGUAGUUUUACGAUUACAGAAUCAGAUUUAUUCAUUAAACUGCGUUCAGUUAAGAGUAAAUCAUUGAGCUGCAAAUAUUCUCCAAAAACAGACCCAUCCAAAAGUUCACCAUACAGUGACAAAUACAACCUGACAGCUUUUCUUCCGGUGCAAAAACCCCAAGUCACCACACAUCGGUUACCAAACACUGAGACAAAAACAGAGGAAUCAACAAUUUCUUUUCUUCCUUUCCAAAUUUACCAAGUCACCAACCAGUCAGCAAGCACAACAGAGGAAUCAACAAUUUCUUUUCUUCCUUUCCAAAUUUACCAAGUCACCAACCAGUCAACAGAGGAAGCAACAAUGUAUAUAAUAACAACUGUCUCUACAAUUACAAUUACAACAGAUCUACAAAGAUUGUGGCCUUUCCUAACCAGUAUGAUCAUAAUUCUGAGCGGACUCAUGGGCAUCUGCAUGUACUUUUUUACCAGAAGGAAACAGGGAACACAAAGUUGUGAGAUAACAGAAGUGGUCUUUGUAGAAGUAUUUAAAGUCCGUUCAUUCAGAGUCAAGGAAAGAUGAGACCACAUACAGCACCAUGUCCCCACUGAUGAGAUUUACUUUAUUUACUCUUAUUUUUUCUUAAUAUCCCUUCUAUACACGUCUUCAUGAGGCAUGUAAAUGACUUUAAGUGAGGCUGCAUGUCCAGAGCAACUUGUUAGGUUUUUAAAUCAUUUUGCAUCCAAUUUUAAGAUAAUGCUUGUUUAAAGAACCACAAGAAAAAUAAUAACAGAUAUAAAAUUGUACCUUUAUUUUGUAUAUACUCCAUGUCAUGUUACACAUACAUUGAUUGCACAGUUUACUUGAUUGUUAAAGUGUAUAAAGUGAAAGAACAUAGGUUUUGUUGUAGUUUACAAUUUUUAUAUAAUUAAUGAUGUACAUUUCGUAAAACUAUUCAAAUACACAUUAAAAUUUACACGGAUGAA